CAGACCUGUUUUUUUACACGCAGAGAGAAAAUAACCAACCAAUGAACAUGAUUCAAAUGAGUCACGUGAGGGCGGGUGAGGCAUUUACAUUCCAACAUAAAUGCUAUUAGACCGGACUCAUAUGAUAGAGCAAGCGAACAAUGGCAGCUCUAUUGUCCCAAAAGGAGCAGCAAUGCUCGACCAGCACACAGCAUUACAGCACAGAUGGUGGGAGACGUGGUAAUAAUAACUAUCCAGUGACUGAAGAGUCCAUUUCAAAGCGUGUAGCCCUGCUGAUCACUAACAAAACUUUCGAUGGGUAUUCAACCAGACAUGGAGCUGAGAAAGAUGAAUAUGAAAUGCACUGCAUGCUUGCAGAUCUGGGUUACGAUGUGGUGAAAUGUAGGAACUUGACUGUAAAGGAGAUUGAAGAAGCUCUACAAAAGUUCUCAAAACAUCCACAUCUUGUCCACACGGAUAGUGUGUUUGUAGUUAUCAUGUCUCACGGAUCUCUGCAAGGUGUCUGUGGCACUGACUGCAAACCUUUUGAAAUUGAAAACAUUUACAAGAGCCUAAACACACAGAAUUGUCCUGCACUACAUAACAAGCCCAAGGUGAUCAUCAUCCAGGCUUGUAGAGGAGGUCAGGCGGGUUCGGUGGUUUUACAUGAUGAAGUUUUAACCACUGUUGGAAGAGACAUCGAGACAGAUGCUGUGGUACACAAAGAAAAGGACUUCAUCUCUCUUCUGUCCUGCACCCCUAAUACGACUUCAUACAGAGAUGAGUCAUACGGCUCUUAUUUUAUCCAAUAUAUUGUUGAGAUAUUCAAAGAGUUUGCUGAUGUGGAUCCCAUUGAGGAACUGUUCAGAAAAGUCAUGCAGCGCUUCGAGGAAUCGGAGUUUGGUGAAAUUCAGAUGCCAAGCAAAGACAGAUGUACUCUGACCAAGAACUUCUACCUGCUUCCCUACUAAAAGAAGACAAGUCUCAGCAAUGGUAAACGAUGAUUGCAGGUCUACUUUUUAUUGUUUGGGAAAUGGUCUGUUUUUGUACUGUGUGUAUAACAGAGCAGGUUUAGUGAUGAAUGAAAAGCUUCAUAUACUCUCUUCUUUGAAACCAAGAUAAUGAGUGAUAUGUAUAACUGAAAUAUUCUGAAUAUGGAAAUCAAGUCUAAGAGAAUAUUAUGUUUUAUUAUGUAUUUUAUUAAAGCUUUUGUUUAAAUAAAGAAACUUUGAUCUUUUUUCUGGCAAGUGGGCAGAGGAGGUUUAUGAUUCCAGGUUGUUAUUCUUUUCAUUCUCGUACAGAUAAAACUGGUAUAAGUGCAACCUUAUAAUGUACAAGUCUCUCUGUGUAACCUUUCAGCAUUCACCUGUGUUAUGCCAACGGCGAAGCUUUGUUUGUAACUUUGUAUUGUGUUUCAUCUUCAUGGAUAGUAAAUAAUGUUAUUAAAUUGACUAAUAUUUGCAGAUGUGUAAAUAUGAAUGUCUACAUCUGUUUGGCAUGUGUAGUAAACAUGUAAUUCUUUAUUUGCAUUGAGAAUAUUUCUUCUUUGUAUUUUUUGUAGCUAGGAAGGAAAAAGGCCUUCUACUCUACUUUCAGUUUCAGUCAUCAUUCAAUGCUGUCAGUCUCUACAGCACGUUUAGCUGUUUGCCACUUCAUGUAGAGAUUCACAAGCAAGGGACAGAAAAUGUUAUAUUUACUUAACACUUGAUUAUAUCAUGUGCAACCAGCAAGCAGAGCCUGCUGCGUAAAAAGAAAUAAAUUACACCUGAUGGUGUUUUUCCUCACUUGUUUGAGCAUCACAUGCAGCAUGCAUCAUUAGUUAUACUCAUAUAGCUACACAGUCCUCAACACAGUUAUUGAUCCAAAGGGUAGAUUCCUAGUUUUAAAGUAUCUACACUUAACACAAAGCUAUGUAUUGUCAGUAUAUAUGGCCAGUACAUGAGAAACGUUGGUCUUUACGAUGCAUGGCACUCCCUUCACCCCAACAGUAAGGAAUCAGCAGCUCACCUGUGAAAAAAUUUACUUCCUAGGAAGUAAUAUAGUAAUUAGUAAAAGUGUUGUGGAAGGUCUUAAAUAAAACUGCUACUAUUAGUUAAACGUGCCUUUGUCAGGGGUAUUAACUUAGGAACACAUACAGGAACCAGAAAGCAGAACUCUAAUAAGAGCGAAGGAUGCGACACUGAGGAUGUGGACAAGUGUGUGAAGAAUCUGUCUGACGGACAGCUCACCCAAACAGAGAAAAACAUCCUUGCUAAAGGAUUUAAUUUUGCUGUCACACCGAGACAAAUCCCGCCAGUGGAGCUGAUCACAGCCACAGAAACAGCAAUUUGAAACAAUCUCAAACGCACCGAUGUAGGUAGGAGUGAGUUUCUUGGACUCUGCUCUGUGGGGAACGAAACGUGUGGAGGGCCAUACCUUCUAACCCAAAGCAUAUUCGGAUGCUGGAAUCGGUUUGCGAUCUGCAAUGCGCUUGUUGUGGUCCUUGGUGCACAGCAGGGCAGCCUGGGUAGCCUGCCGCACCCACCGACACCUGUGCAGGUGAGCUUGGACUGAGGGCAUGCAAUGCUCACCCUCAACUGUGGGAAACAAGGAAGGCUGAAAUCCCAGGGAGACCCCAAAGGGGGAUCGGCACGUGGCGGAGGC